AUGGAUUACCAAGCAUCUAUAAUCAAUUGGAUUUUAUUCAUUAUUAUUUAUCUUUGGUCGUAUUAUAAAGGACCAAAUGGAAAGAAUUGGGGCUCUGUCCUCCAAGCACGUGCCUUCUAUCAAGCAUACAAACACGCAUUGACAACACAGAGAAUCAAUUUGAACCCUAAAUUGUUCAGAAUGAACAUGUUGUUGAUUGUCGAUGAAAAUGAAAAAUUUGAAGAGAAUUCGAUACCUUUUAUUGAUCAAUGCUUAGGAAAAGAAGGUUUCGUUAUUGUAUCUCAAUGGUUUAAAGAAGACAAUGAUCUACAAGUAGCUAUCGAUCAUCGUAACCAAUAUCAAAACUAUUUCGCUGAAAAACACAACAUUUUCUACGAAACAGUUAUUGCUUCGAAUCUUUUGGAUGCUUUAAGUAAUAUGUUGUUAAAUAGUGGUGUUGGAGCGUUUAGACCUAAUACUGUUUUCAUCGAUAUCGAUGGUAAAUCAAAUGAUGAUGUAAGAGCUAUUGUUUUGGAUGUAAUGGAAGCGAAAUUUGGUUGGUUUUUGGUAUCAAAACCACAAGAUUUGAAUUUGAAUGGAAGUUCUGUUGAUGUUUAUUGGCUUUGUGACGAUGGAGGAUUGACUUUGUUGGCAGGCUAUAUCAUCUCAAAGUACUUGAAGAAGAGACUGAGAGUUAUAAACGUUGCUUACACUUCAAAUGGAGAUACAGUUCAAGCUGCUGAAUUGAGAAUGAGCAAGUUAUGUGAGAAGUUUAGAAUCAAAGCGGAAAUCAUUUCUAUGGAGUUGUCUGAAAAGAAACAAUCUCCUUCUCCAAUAAUUCAGAGUUUCUGGGAACAAUUAACUCAUAAAAACGCAAAUGAAGGAUUUGUAAAGUUCCUUCUCUUCUCAGAUAUCGUUAGAGAGUUGUCAAGUAAUGCAGCAAUUGUUGUUUCAACUCUGUUUGUUCCAACGGAUGACAUGGACGGAGAUACUUACGACGCAAUUUUGAAGACUAUAGCAAAUGCUCCUCCUGCAUUUGCCUUUGUUAGAGGAAACGGCUCAAGUGUUCUUUCUUGGAAAGCUUAA